AUGUCUUUUGUGCCGAGAAGGGUGUUUCCCGAUUACAGAUUACCCCUAUCCAAUUUCAAGGGCCAUCAUCAGAAGGCUCUCACACGGUUCAGCUAUCUUGCUCCGCAAGUGGAUCUAGUGCUUGAGGUGAGAGACUCCAGAGCUCCAAUAUCAACUACAAACGUGCUUUUCGAUAAAGUCUUAGCCAAGAAGGAAAAGAUUGUCCUAUACUCCAAAAAAGACCUUUCAGUGCUCAAGCCCGAUUUACAGAAAAAAUGGCAUGGAAACGAGAAAUUCCUAUUCAUCGAUGCCAGAAGCAACAGGGAUGCUAAGUCCAUCCUCAAGCUAUUGGAAGAGAGAUACGACACAAUGUACCCACCACCCCCACUUGGUCUUCGAACCAUGAUUAUCGGUAUGCCCAAUGUCGGUAAGUCAACUUUAGUCAAUACGCUACGAUCUGUUGGAUAUGUUAACCAGCUACCGAAAGGUGUUUCGUCCAAGAAACGGAAAGUGGCUAGAACAGGUGGUCAGCCUGGUGUGACAAGGAGCACCAGCGAGGUCAUUCGAUUGAGUAAAGAUCCUGAUAUUUUGGUGUAUGAUACUCCUGGGGUGUUUCUUCCCACGGUGAAAGAUAGCGAAACUAUGCUCUCUCUAGCACUUGUGGGAUGCGUACACAAUUCAUUCAUCGAUCCAAUCAUCUUGGCUGAUUACCUUCUCUACGUUCUCAAUUUACAAAAACCCAAUGGGAAGUGCUAUCAAUAUUACUUGAACCAUCCCACGAAUGACAUUCAUGAGUUACUAUACAACAUCGCCAAAAAGAGGGGCAAGCUCAGACCCGAUGGAGGUUAUGAUGAGUUGGGUAUGGCAAACUUUUGGGUUGAUACAUGGAGACAAGCCAAGGAUGGAAGGUAUAAGGGUCUUUUUGACAAGGAGGCCAUUCUCGAAAUCGAGACAUCCGAGUUGAGGAAGUUGAUUAACGAGGAAAAAAGCCGUGUUCUGGAAACAGGUGUGUACAACAGGCUCAAUGAUAGACUUGGUGAGGAUGGUACCGGUAGCUCCAGCAACAGGAAGAGGACGGCCAAGGAUAGGGAAUUUGAUUUGCGUAAUCAGCUAUUCAAAUUGUAA